AUGGAGCCUCAGGUGUCGAAUGGCCCUACUUCCAAUACAACCAAUGGACCCUCCAGCAACAGUAGAAACUGCCCUUCCCCCAUGCAGACAGGGGCUGCUACAGAUGACAGCAAAACCAACCUCAUAGUCAACUAUUUACCCCAGAAUAUGACCCAGGAGGAGUUCAGGAGUCUCUUUGGGAGCAUUGGUGAAAUCGAAUCCUGCAAGCUCGUGAGAGACAAAAUUACAGGGCAGAGUUUAGGGUACGGAUUCGUUAACUAUAUUGAUCCAAAGGAUGCAGAGAAAGCCAUUAAUACUUUAAAUGGACUCAGACUCCAGACCAAAACCAUAAAG